AUGCCUUCCAGACUGAGUAAAUUUGCUAUUAACACAAAUAAUUGUAAAGAUUUUACACAUCCGUGGACAGAUUCAUGUAUGUCAGCACAAGUUGGACUUGGGCUUCAUGCACUCCAAGAAUCCCUUAAAAUAUAUUCAACUGUUUACUUGGGAGCAUUAUUAAUGAGAGGAAAAGUACCUUCAAAAAACGAUGUAUUAAAAGCGAUCUUUGGUAUUUUACAAUCAACAGCAUUUUUAUCAUGGAGCGCUUAUACAUAUCCAAUAUUUAUCUGUACUUUCAGAAAACUAUUAGGAAAUUUCAAUAUUAUAACAGUAUCUUUUCUUCCAUCCUUUCUUUCGAGUCUAGCUGCGAUAGUUAUUGAAAGGCCGUCAAGAAGAACACUUUUGUGUUUGUAUGUCGCCAAUAUCGCAACAGAGACAGUUUUUCGGAUGGCUCAAUGGCGAGGCAUUGUUAAGCCAAUACCGUACGGAAAUGUUUAUAUAUUUGCAGCUAGUAUGACCACGCUGAUUUAUUUUUAUCGAAGCAAAAGUUUAAAGACAGAUUCGAUAUUUAAAUUACUACGAAUUGUUAUUAGUCCUUAUGAUGACCCGGAAUAUGCAAAGCACCGAGUUUUGAUAUCUGAGCCAUCAACUAGCAAAAAUAUAAAUACUCAAAAAAAAAAUUCAGUUGAUAAAAGUAAAAAAAAGUCUUCUUACAAUUUUAUACAAGAAUCAAUACGAGUUUAUCAGAAUUUUAUAAACUGGAUUAAAAAUACUGCUAAACACAAUUCGUGUCCCCAUCCGUACAGUUGUUUGCAUUUUAUUCUAGGAGGUAGUUUUAAAAUGUUCAGUUUUGGAUUAUCUAUUCAACUAGGAUUGAAUUUGAUAUUUAAAUUUAGAAAAUUUAUGACAAAGCCUAGUUUGUUAAAAGAAGAGUUUCUUAAGAAAAGUACUUUUAAUUUGGCACUAUUUGUUGGAGGAUUUUCUGGAAUUUAUCGGUUAGUAUCAUGUUUAUUGAGAAAUUUAAGUAAUAAAAAUUCGAAAUAUCACGCUAUACCUGCAAGUUUAUUAGCAAGUGUAUCAUUUACGAUGUAUCCAAGUAAUACAAUAGCGUUGUACGUUAUGUGGAAAUCUUUGCAGCUUCUGUGGAACAGCGGAGUCGAAGAUGAAAUAUUACCAGAAGUAAAGUGGUUUAAUAUUUUCUUAUAUUGCUUCUGUACAGCUAUACUUUUUCACGUGGCAAUUAUUGAACCACAAAAUUUACGUGGAUCUUAUUGGAAAUUUUUGUGUUCUAUAUCUGGCGGAAGAGUGGCUGCAAUGUCACGUACACCUCUCGAUCAAUUUGGAUUGGAAACUUCUAAACAUCUCCAAGAAGUCAUGAAAAAAACGAAUACCACAGAUUACUUUCCAUACUCAUACUAG